CUUUCAUGCACGUUCGAUAAAAGUUGAACUCCAUGAAAUAUGUAGUUAGUGACUUUUUGUAAUAAAACGUCCAUAUUUUCUACUUCAGUAUAUUGAUAUGUUAGUUUUAUUGGUAAUUAUUUCAAUUAUUCAAAUUUAAAAUAAAUUGUAAACGAAAUCAAAUGCACAUGACGUUAGUUGGCCAGGUGUUUAUAGAGUAGCAAGAAACUUUAAAUAGAAAGAUUGAAAAAUGAAACUUUACAAAUUAGUGCCCAAUUUGCGAACAAAUUAUUUUAUCUAAUUUUGUCUUAGAGAUGCUGCCGAUUAUGACAGGAAAAGUCUCCUAUUUUUCAACAAUUCAAAUUUGAUUCGACUACAAAAGGACUGUGGUAUGGCGGGGAAUGAUUUAUGGCACAAUAUGGUCACCGCGGCCAAGAAUAAAUCGGUCGAAAUCGCCGAGUUCGUCAAGAACGACAUCAACGAACUCUCCUCCGCCGUCAGCUCCGAAGUCCUUUACUAUUCUGAUGCUGUGAAACGCGGGGCUUCUAACCUUCUUGGGAACGUCAAGGAAAGUUUAAACCUCAACAGAAGUUUUGUUCCGAAUAACGGUAGACAUUCGGUGAGGUCCUUCAUAAGGGAUCUGUGGAGCCCGGAGACGAUUCACGACGAUGUCAGUCCGAUGAUCAUCAGGGACUCUGAGGCGGUACCCAUGACCGACGUACAGUACAGACAUCACGUUCUCGUAACCGAACCGAAGAACUUCACGGAAGGCUUCUCCGAAGUAGAGGAACGGCAGGCUGGGGCUUGGUACGCCACUGCCGGUGAGAACUUGCAGGACGUAGAAUACCUCGGGAAGCAGCUGUCGGAGUGUCCUGCGCUCGCCGACAUGUACAGGACUCUGGUUCCUGAGCAGGUGACCCACUCGGAGUUCUGGAAGAGGUACUUCUUCAGGCGUUAUAUGCUGUUUGAUUGUUAUUCCGAAGAAGAUGUCGGGAAUUACUACACAGGAAGAAGUGAAAGAAGCUCGUUGCUGGAGGAUAUAGGAUCAUUCGAUGAUAAUGAACAUAAAGAGGAAUCGGAUAGAAUUUCUACUGGUGGUGAUGAACCAUUCUCCAUUGAAAUAGAAAAUCCACGCGGAUCAUCGUCUAGCAGUGACAGGCUAACGAAUAACGAAUUUGAUAUAGAAACGGACGACGUAACGCUAUACGAUGUUAUAUCGGCUGACUAACUAAAUUGUUUAAAAAAUAUUUGUUUUUGUUUUUGUUUACAGUUAAUAAGUAUAAUUACAAUCGUUCCAAAAUAUUUUAAAUAAAACUUAAAUG